CACAGCUGAAUUUAUUACUGAGAUAAUAAAUUAUAACUGCUCUAAUCCUCAACUGAUUAAUAAAUGAUUAACAAUUGCAACACAUUGCAUUACUACUUGGGUAAACAGCAGGUAUCCCUGUCAAAUUAAAGUAACAGUUUAGAUUUACUACAUUAAAAAUACAGGCUCCACAGUAGGAACUCAGUGCGACAAAACUCAGUCCACCUUUCAUUGCUGAGAUUCAGGUCUUAUUUCAAUGCUUCACAUACCUACAUUUUUGAUGACAAAUAUCUGUGCUGCACAAAUUUCUUAGAUUUGAGUUUAAUCUUGCGUUCAAGUGAAGUGACUUGGCCAGGUCAUUGUUUGUCAUUGUUGUUCUUCAUGAGAAACUGGUGUGAUUUUGGCAGCGUGCUUUGGAUCCUUGACAUCAUGAAAUGUUCCUAUCUGCAGAAGGAGUCAUCUUGUCUGACAGUAUUUUGGUUUGUCCUGAGACAUUCAUCUAUAAAUGUCAUCGCCCCAGCAUUUCACUGCCAUCUGCUUUCAAUACGAUUAUUCACACUUAAACAUGAUUUGUGGAUUAAUGGCCGUGUUUUCAGCACAAUGUCCUGUCAGUGUCUGAAUACAGAGCCGGUGUGUUUCUGCUCAGCAGCUGCGGCGCAGGAGAGUGAGGACGACACUGAACAGCAGGAAACACCGGUCAGGUGAGGCUGCUCUCCCUCCCUGCGGCCUCAAACCAGGAAGAGGAACCGAAACACGAUCCAUCAGCAGACGGCUGGAGGCCCACAGUUACCGGCCGUCAGUGACACGGCCCCGCGUGUAUCGCCGGCUGGGACCGCAGAUGUGGGAACUCCGUGGGAUGUGGUCACUGUCCGCCAGCGGCUGGUCCGAGUGUUUAGGGGCGGGAGCAGAGCUGCACAGAGCCUCCUAACGCACAGCCGAGGCUUCAUCCAGGCUCGGCGGAUUAUAGCGUCAGUUUGGUUUGCUAAUCAAUUAGCCGCAAGCUAACCAAGACUAAGACCGGAAGUUAGAAAUGCUUUUUCAAAACAACUUUCUUUAAACGAAUACGCUCGUCAGCACAUUGGAAAACUGGCAUUUGUGAGACAAGGGCGACAUAGCCGUCACAGUGAGAUGACUGAAUAAAUCCUGGUGGGAAAACGAAAGAAUAGAAGUACUCCAGGCAACGUUGAAAAACCCACCGGAAGUGUUUGUAUGUGGUGUGGAGUGCAGCUUGACUCCGCUCACCUUCAGCUCUUCCUGCUUCCUGCUUCCUGACUGGACCAUGGAGCUCUGCAGCGCACGCGCCCUGUCACGAGCCGGAGCCAGUGGCAGGUAGCCGGUACCUGGGGAGGUAGCCGGGCACGCAGCCGGUACCCGGUACCCGGGGAGGGAGCCGGUAGCCGGUUCACAAGCAUGCGGUCCGACGUGGAGUACAGCCCGGUGGGAGAGGGGCUGGGGAUGCGGGACUUCUGGCUGUACGUGUGGCUGCGGAGAACGGCGGUGAUAAUGGCUCAUGGCACCGGACUGGGCCUGACCCUGGUCAUCUCCCUGCUGUCCAGACCCGGAACCAGUCUGUUUUCUUGGCAUCCGGUGUGUAUGUCUGUUGCUUACUGUAUGUGCAUGACAGAAGGCAUCCUCCUCUUCUCAGCAGAGGGAUCUCCCUUCUGCUUCAAGUCUCGGAAGGGUAAAGUCCGCCUCCACUGGUUCUGUCAGGCUCUGGUCCUAAUAGCUGCCGUCACAGGGUUGGGCUUCAUGGUGGCCAGCAAGAACGUGUCAGAGCGCCCCCACCUGGUCUCCUGGCACAGCCUGUUGGGCACCUGCACCCUGGCUGCCACCGUGCUGCAAGCAGCUUGUGGCAUCUGCAUGAUCUUCCCUAAACUGCUGCGUCUCUCCUCCUCCCCACCCAGGCUGAAGCUGUACCAUGCCACCUGUGGCCUUGUGGUCUACCUGUUGGCCACCGUGACUGUGAUGUCAGCCAUGUUCUCAGACUGGUUCCAGGCCACGGUGAAGGGGGUGGCAUGGUGGGCCUUCCUCCUGCUGCCCCUUUUCCCUGCCCUGGUUGUGAUGAACCAGAUCACUAAUGCCUACCUUCCCCGCAAGAAGAUGACCAGCUAGGGAGCGCAUAGCGUGGGGCAGAUGAAAUCUUCACUGUACUCAGGCCCAGGUAAUCCGAUGGAAGAGUCCUUCAUGACAGCAGCCUUUGGAACUAUAAUAACUGAAGCAAAAGGCUUACUGGUCGUCCCAUAGACUGCUGAAGAACAUGAAAACGUGGAAUCUGUCCUAAAAAUGGCUUUCUGUAGGGAAGUUCUCAAACCUGGAAUUUAGCUUUACUUGACAGUUUGUCUGCAAAGGUCUGUACCCUCAAAUGAUGUGUUUGUGCAAACAUUUUAUUUAGGCCCUCCACUCAUCUGAAUGUGUCAAGUCAGUGUAGAAGUAGGAACUGAAGUUAGGUUGUUUUGUGUCAUGAUAUUUUAGGGUACAAGAUAAGCAUCUUGGGCAAAGGGUUUUAAUUUGAGGUGAAGACAUUCCGAGGUUGUGGGCACAAAUUUUCCAUAAUGUUACUUGUGACACCUCCUGAGGUCCACAGACUGUCGGCAUCUGGUGACCUGUAGAAGUGUCACUUUGGCAUCUUUGCCAUUUUCAAUCUCUGACUCUUUCUUAAAUGAGAUUUAUACUACAGUUUUAAAAGAAACCAUUGAUGUUAUGCAGGAUUUGCGAACAGCCUUUCUGAGUGGCACUGCAAAACACAUGGGCACUGUAUGGUUUGGUUACAAACUACUGGAGGCAGUCCCAUAGUUGGGGCGAGUAGACCCCUCUGCACCACCUCCAUCCGUUGCCUGUUCAGAGGAGUUUUUGCACGGGUAGUGAAUGCAAAAUCCUCUGAUGGAUGCUGCAUGUAGACUGGUUUCUGAAGGGACUACAGCUGUUUGUGUGAGGACACAGCUUCAGCCUUCAGUAGAAGGUGAUGUGGAUGAUUAUGUACUAGCCUGUAAAUUGUAUUUAUUAUUUAUAUGUAUCAUUCAUUUAUGACAUUUCCAUGUGUCUGUGACGACACCUUACAGCUGCUACAUGAAGCAUUUUAACGUGAGACUUCCGUCAAUCAACACUGAAUCAGAUUGAGCCAAAUGAUUCAUAGCAACAACCAAAUAAGGAAUUAGCACCCAUUUCUAUUCUCUGCUUCACUCGGCCUCUUUAGCUCUUUGUUUUGGUUUUAUGGUACAUUUACUUUUUCACGGCUGUCAUCAGCCCAAGCAGUAAAGCUCUGAUUAAACCACUGUACCUGCCCAACACCAGGCAGCAGACCUCCAGUGUGUGACUUGAGUCAAAGUCUAAUUUACACUGAGUUCGUUUGUUGUAAAGGUUGUUUUAUCUAAUGGCUUCUUGUGUUUGUUCAGAUUUUUAGGUAAUUAACAAAGACAAUGUAGUAAGAUUCCAUUACAGUGAAGCAAGACGAACUUCUAUGUCAUCAAUACAUCUGAAGGGAAUGUUUUUUGUGUAUAAAGUCUCAGAAAAUUCUGAAAAAAAUAAACAGCAGACCAGAGGACCUAACUGCAGCUUUAAUUGACUGCCCAAGAGUUGUAGGUCUUUACUGCAAACAGUGUAAACAAAUCAAACCACUCAAGAAACUAUUGCUUCAAGACAGAAAGCAAAAAUGUUUUUGAAGUAAGAAAAGUAAUACCAGUAUUAAUGAUGAAUUAGCAUUAAUAGUACGGGCUCUAGUGAAAAGCUUCAUGUAGCACCUCUGGUUUAUGAGUGGAAUCCUCCUUUUAGUCUGUAUGUGCAUUUGGCCCCUUCUUGUCCUACAAAUGCUUGUUUGCUGACCAUUUUUUUGUGUUGCAUAUGUUAUAAAUAGGAAAAAUAAAACUGCACUCAUGCUUGGGUUGCUCUGCCAUGCGAGACCACCGGCACAAGCUGUCUUCUUGCUAAGAUGUCAUCACUUAACCAAUUCUGUCAAUACUCACAAGAAAGAAGCUUCAAAGUUCUGUCUGAUUUGCUCUGUUCUCCAGCAAGUAAUACCAGUUCAGAUGUCAACAGACAACUGUGACAUUUACAACUUGUCAACUAUUUUCAGCCUUCAAAGUAACCUUUUGUCUGUCUGUACAGGGUGUGUAAGGAGUGGAACACAGCUUUGCAGCCAAGGACUGUCUGACCGGCUGAAUUUAGGGCACAAACACAUUGCUGUGUAGUUUUAUAGAAAAGCAGCUGCAGAACGUGUCAUUUGGGACCACAGUGAUCUGGACAAGAAUGUGGACUAUUUUAAAAUGGUGUUAGAGAACCUGAUGUACAAAGACCUACUGGAUGUACUCAUCCUCUGCAACCUCAUCUCAACCACCUGUCUUCAUUGCUCCUGACUGGCUUACGCAAAUGUAGAUAAGGUAAAGAAAAAAAAAAAACUACAGUGAAGGUGAUGGUGUUGAAACAGAACAUCUGGUGUGGGGUGCAAACUUAAACAAGGAACCAGAAAGCCUCUCUAAGAAUUUAUAUGAUAAUUUCAGAUGGUUAAGUGGGUGGAUGGACGAUUCAGAGCACACAGUGCAGUUAGGUUUGUAAACUUUAACCUCAGCAUCGUUCCCUUUUUAACAACAUAACAAGCCAGUUACAAAUCACUGGAUAACCUUCAGACAGCAAGCAGGCUCUACUGUCUCUGACACAAUACUGCAGGAUAAUUCAACAUAUGUGCGUUCACAAAACGCAUUCAUCACAUGUAGAAUGCACUCAAUUUCAGAUGUGUGUUCACUGGCAAAUUAAAAAGUAUUUCGACCUUCAUGUUAAACAUUUAUUUCAAUGCACUACUUUGGGCUGACGGCCGUUAACUGCCCGUCAGUGUUCAUGUUGGGCCAGUGUUGAUUUUAAAGCCUGUGUUGGCCGAUGCCAGUAUCAACUUGAAUCACUGUAUGUAAUGCAAUAAAUGUACAAAAACGCACUUUUUAUGCUCAUGUUCAAUUUGUAUUUUCCUCGACGAAACAGGAGAACUCCAGAUUCUGUGUGGAUCAUAGAACUUUGUUUGAGACUCGUGGAAACCUUUGACAUCAGGGCUUGCUAAGGUGUCCCCUCAUUUAAUGGUAUGAAUAUUCUGUGUCAGCAUUCUGAGCACAGCUGGCUCACAGCUACAAGCAUUGUAUGUUAAGCUCACUACUCAAGACUAUUGUUUGAGCCCAAUUAGAGUUUGUGAUGGUGUGUAUUUAUUUGAUUUUGUCAGCACGUUGCUGCUAUGAACUUUCCGUGAUAUAUAUAAAAAAAAAGUACAUUUGA